AGACUUUCUCCCUGUCCGUCAUACUCAACUGCUUAACCAGAAACUUGUGUGGGGGGAAUGCAAGGAUCACUUGUGUGGGUAGACUUCAGAAACUUUUUUGAUGGAGCAAGUACUGGCCAGCUUUAGGAUAAUAUGAUCAACUCUCAUCUUGGGAGAAACUAGUACAGUAGAGAUCCAAACACCACCACAGAGUCUUUCUCUGCCAUUGCAGAGGUGGCUUUUGCAGAGGUUUCCUGGUAGAACAAAUGUGUGCAAAGCAGCAGCAGACCCUGCUCCCCACAAGAGCUGCACAUGGGAGGCUUCAUAGAAACAGAGAUGCUGUGGCCUGGCCCUUUUCUACGCUCUGCAGAGUCUCUGGCCCAAGUUUGUUCCAAAUGACCUUCACUGCUGCUCUUUGGGUUGCUGUAUUUGGCAAAUGCGGUCCACCACCUGCUAUACCCAAUGCCCUGCCAGCAAGUGACGUGAAUCGGACAGACUACGAAAGUCACACCACCCUGAAAUACGAAUGCCUCCCUGGCUAUAGUAGGGGAAUAUCAAGGAUGAUGGUUUACUGCAAACCUUCGGGAGAAUGGGACAUUUCUGUCUCCUGUGCCAGAAAACAUUGCCAGCAUCCAGGAUAUUUAGAUAAUGGAUAUGUAAACAUCAAGAGUUCCGCUUUUGGAUCACAGUUAGAAUUCGGCUGCCGGGAAGGAUUUAUCUUAGUUGGCUCAUCCACUAGUUUUUGUGAGGUCCAAGGCAAAGGAGUUGCCUGGAGUAAUCCUCUCCCAGAAUGUGUAGUUGUAAAGUGUGGGCCCCCUCCAGACAUCAGCAACGGGAAGCACAGUGGUACAGAAGAUUUUUACCCAUAUGCCCAAGGAGUCUCCUAUACCUGUGAUCCCAACUUCAGGCUCGUUGGCAGCCGCUUCAUAGGCUGCACUGUGGUGAACGAAACAGUACCUGUUUGGAGCUCAAGCCCUCCUACCUGUGAAAAGAUCAUCUGUUCUCAGCCAAAUAUUUUACAUGGCGUAAUUGUUUCUGGAUAUAAAGCUACCUAUACACACAAAGACUCUGUUACAUUGGCCUGCCUGAAUGGGACUGUCCUCAGAGGCAGACAUAUCAUCCAGUGUCAAGGUGAUGGAAGCUGGAGUUCUCUCCCGACUUGUGAGUUCGACUGUGAUUUACCGCCUGCCAUUGCCCAUGGAUAUUAUACUAGUAGGGUCUACUACAAGACAACUCUGGUUACAUACAAAUGUGAUGAAGGAUACAGACUGGUUGGAAAGGCAGUCAUCUCCUGCAGCUUUUCACGGUGGAAAGGGACAGCUCCAUGGUGUAAAGCUCUAUGUCAGAAACCAGAGAUAGGAAAUGGAACGCUGUCUGAUGAGAAAGACCAGUAUGAUGAGUCUGAAAAUGUUACCAUCCAAUGUGACUCUGGCUUUGCCAUGCUGGGUUCCCAAAGCAUCACUUGUUCAGAGAAUGGAACCUGGUAUCCAGAGGUGCCCAGAUGUGAGCGGGUGAAGCCACUCUCUGCUGCCUCAAACCUGCAUCUCUUUCAGGAGGCCUCUAAAGACCUUAAGCCUGAGUUUACAGGCAACAAGACUAUGCAGCAUGUGCCAAAUUCACAUGACCUGAAAAUGGCUCUGGAGAUCUACAAGCUGACUCUGGAGGUUGAACUAUUACAGCUCCAGAUACAAAAGGAGAAACACACUGACCGGGAGUUAUGACUGUAUGUUCUCUUAAGGAGGAAGCAGCGUCUCAUUGGCUUUCUGACUUCAGUUCCAAACAGAUUGCCUGCAGUUACCAACCUUUGGAAUGCUGGCACCAAUGUUCAUGAUAAUAAAUAUCUGCUUAGAAUAAUUCAUUAAUUAUGUUAUAAUUAAUAGGUAGUAAAUUUAUGAAACAAUCAUCUUGUGGCUCAUAAAUUUGCUUUUCUGAAUGCAACGUGUACAUUUUGAACGUGUGAAUUAAAAGUCAAUUUUGCUCUUGUCAUCCA